UUACAAACACUGGUCCGAGUUCACAGCAGCAGCAGCAGCAGCGGCAGCAGCAGGCACCUUCUCUCCAGCCCCGGACCGUCCGCAGCUCUCCUCGGCGCACUGCGCUGACUCUGCAGAAGGAACUCGUCGGGGGAGUGUAGGGAAGGCGGGUUUUUUAUUAUUAUUAUUUGCGCGUGUUUAUCCUCGGGGUAGGACGAGCAAGCAGUCGGGGCACAGCUUCUUGGCCGCCCGCUAAUUCCCCGCCGUCUCCUCGGCCUCAGCUGUGCGUUUUGGGACGAAGACGAGCGGCAGGAGCGAGGACAGGAGCGCGCUCCUCUCCGCGAGACCGACGCGGUUCCAAGCGCCGCGCCGCGCGUAAUUCUCUUCUCGGCAGCACGGACACGGCGCGAUCGUCGGGAUUGGAGGUGGGAGAAGACGUAGAGAAAAAAGAGCCCCUCUUUUCACCCCCCGCGUCGCCCCUAAAACUGUCGCUAAGUUCGCGGAGACACAAAGUCCCGCCGCCAGUCAGCGCAGACAGCGAUCGGCGCUGAAGAGGAGAAAGUUCCCCACUUGAGGGCGAAAUCAGACUUUUUUCAGGACGCCAAGUUUUGAAAAGUGCCAGCAGCCCCGUGGUCUGUGAGAUACGACAUGCAGCAAUGUCCAAAGAGGCAGAGUUGGAUGUGAGAGGCAGCGAGUGCGACACGGUCCCGCCAGAGCCCAGCACAGACCCACAACUGCCCAGGCCACCUCCAGCCGAGGCCAACGGACCCCACGGCACCGCUGGCGUUUGCGCGAGCAUCCCCUCCAGUGACCCCGGUGGCAGCAGAAGCAGAAGCAGCAGCGGCAGCAGAAGCGGUCUGGGUGGCAUUAGCAUCGUUAGCAGCAGCGCUGAGGGAGCAGGCGAAAGCUCCAUGCAGUUCGGCACCAGACCGCCUAGUGCUGAGCCGCCGGGCUUCAUGGGGACAUGGCAGCAGCAGAGCACUGACAGCAACCUCCUCUACAGAAUGUCCCAGCAGGCCAUUCGCUGCACACUGGUGAACUGCACAUGUGAGUGUUUCCAGCCGGGCAAGAUUCACUUACGGACAUGUGACCAGUGCAAACAUGGCUGGGUAGCUCACGCUCUGGACAAGCUCAGCACCCAGCACCUCUACCACCCGACCCAGGUGGAGAUCGUCCAGUCCAACGUGGUGUUCGACAUCAGCAGCCUGAUGCUGUACGGCACCCAGGCCGUGCCCGUCAGACUCAAGAUCCUCCUCGACCGCCUCUUCUCCGUGCUCAAGCAGGAAGAGGUGCUGCACAUCCUGCACGGCCUGGGCUGGACCCUCCGAGACUACGUCAGGGGCUACAUACUGCAGGAUACUGCAGGCAAGGUGCUAGACCGCUGGACCAUCAUGUCCCGAGAAGAAGAGAUCAUCACCCUGCAGCAGUUCCUGCGCUUUGGUGAGACCAAAUCCAUUGUGGAGCUGAUGGCCAUUCAGGAGAAGGAAGGUCAGGCAGUAACAGUUCCCUCCUCCAAGACAGACUCCGGUAUUAGGACGUUCAUUGAAAGCAACAAUAGGACCCGCAGCCCUGGACUCCUGACACAUCUGGAAAACAGUAGCCCAUCAAGCAUUCACCAUUUCGAGAAUAUCCCCAACAGUCUAGCCUUCCUCCUGCCCUUCCAAUACAUUAACCCAGUGUCUGCUCCAAUGCUCGGUUUGCCCCCUAAUGGCCUGCCUAUGGAACAGUCCGCCCUCCGACUCCGGGAGCCCAGCCUGCCAAACCAAGGUGAACAGGUGGAAACCAGUGAGUCAGAAGUGUCCCUGUCACCCUUCCGAACAGGCCAGAGCCCAAGCCGUGGAGCCUUGGGAUCCAUGAACAACAUUGAACCGAAGACAGAGCCCAACAACAGGGCAUCACCCAUCUCGCCAACCCCUUCCACCCAGCAAGGUCAACAACAGCAGCAACAGCAGACACAACUCCAGCAGCAACAGGGCCAACAGCAGUCACAGAAUCAACCUCAGCAGUCCAACAGCUUGAGUGACCACCAGGUCCACCACCACCACUUUAUAAAGGACGAGCAGUCUAAAACAAUCACCCAUGCUUCUUUUUCCUCAAAGAUGCAUCGCAUGCGUCGCAUGGGUUCCACUUCACGCAAGGGUCGUGUGUGCUGCAACUCUUGUGGCAAAACCUUUUAUGACAAAGGCACACUUAAGAUACAUUAUAAUGCUGUACACUUGAAGAUUAAACACCGUUGCACCAUUGACGGUUGCAAUAUGGUCUUCAGCUCACUUCGCAGCCGCAACCGCCACAGUGCCAAUCCCAACCCAAGGCUGCACAUGCCGAUGCUGCGCAAUAACCGUGACAAGGACCUCAUCCGUGCCACUUCAAAUACUGGUACACCUGUUAUCUCAAGCACCAAGAACGGUAGCUUCACACUCACCAGCCCUGGAAGGCCACCACUGGGUUUCACUACUCCACCAGUAGACUCUAUGCUUCAGUCACCCCUGCAAAGUCCAUUGGUGUUUCCCUCCCUGAAGUCAGUGCAACCAGUCCAGCCAGUGCCCCCAUUCUACCGUACACUCCUGUCCCCUGCUGACCUCGUCAGUCCUCCAGUAUCACUGCCCACCAGCCCCAUACUGCCCACCACCACAAACAGUACCACCCUGAUGGACCAGCAACAGCAGAUCCUGGCUGCUGCAGCUGCGGCGUCACAUAAUAAUGUUCAUAUGUCAGAGGCAGUACACUUGUCUCACCGCUUACAUACACCUGCCAAUCAUGACCUCAACAGUGGCAACAGUGACCCGACGCCAAAAAAGAAGCCUCGUAAAUCUAGCAUGCCAGUUAAGAUUGAGAAGGAAGUUAUUGACGUGGCAGAUGAUUAUGAUGACAAAGAUGAGGAUGAUGAAGAUAACAUCCACCACAAUCACCACCAUCACCAGUCAUCCCUACUUCACAACAAUAUCAAAAUCAAUGGGAAUUGUAACAGCAACAACAGUGGCAGUGGUAAUGGGAACCACAGUGGUGGUAGUGGGCAGCAAUCCCCUUCUCAGGAUGAGAUGAGCCCUGGCUUAGCUCUGAGGGGCAUGAUGAGACAGAGUGAAGAUGAGUGCCGGGAAGGGACUGGUAGUGACAGCAGGGGUGGUAAUGAUCUGCGAGGCUCUGGUGAAUUACGUUGCAUGGACAGCUUCACCUCUGAAGACCAGGACCUUGAGAGAGACUUUGAGAACGAAUCUGAAACCUCAGAUUCGAAGAGGUUCUACCGUGAUGAGCUCAUGGAUGUAGAGGAACAGCAUAAACACAGCAGGGGUGGAAGAGGUCUGGACAAGGAACAUGAUGACGAGGGUAGUGAGGAAGCCCUUUUGAGAAAGGAAAUGGAAGGCAAGGGCCAUUCCUCACCCUCUCCUCACCAUCUCCCCAUGAAGAUCAAGGAAGAACUCAAUGAUCCUACCUAUGACAUGUUCUGCAUGGGCCAGUAUGGCAUUUAUAAUGGAGGCAUGGCAGCAGCUGCUGCUGCUGCUGCAAGUAUGGCUGCCCUGCAUGAGAGCUUCAUGUCUUCGAUGGGCUACUGUGCAAGUCCACCCAAAUUCCCAUCUUCUCAAUCACCAGAGGGAGAUCCAUGCUCAAGUCCUGACCCCAAGAUCUGCUAUGUCUGUAAGAAGAGCUUCAAGAGCUCCUAUAGCAUGAAACUGCACUACAAGAAUGUGCACCUCAAAGAGAUGCAUGUGUGCACUGUGGCUGGCUGCAAUGCGGCUUUCCCCUCCCGGCGGAGUCGAGACAGGCACAGCUCCAACAUCAACCUGCACCGCAAACUGCUGACCAAAGAGCUGGACGACAUUGUCCUGGACCCCCAACUCACGCCAAUGCCCAAGGACCUGCGAUCUGAGUUCCUGGCCAAGAUCUACACUGGGCAUCACAUGGGCUUUGACCCUAUGGCCGGGAUGGGCAUCGGAGGUGCCAGCCUUCGACACACCGGCCUGAACCACGAUGUCCGUUCCGAGUAUUCCCACCACCACCACCUCAGCCACAACUUCAAAAAUCACCACACAAACGGCUUCUCCCAGGGCCAGCCAGAUGACUACAUGGUGCUGGACCUGAGCACCACGUCCAGUGUUCAAUCCAGCAGCAGUGUCCACUCCUCACACGAAUCAGAUGAAGGCAGCGAUGAAGGCAUCCUAUUGGAUGACUUGGAGGAGGAGGAUGGAGAAGAGGAUGAGGAGGAGGGCAACAGUGAGGGAGAGGACUGCUCCCAGCGUGCUGACAGGAGGCAGCAGGAUGAGACUGGAGAACUAAGAGCAGAAGGACGUGGUGAGGGGUUGGAACAUCCCUCCUCACCAUUCCUCCUUUCGUCCACCGGGGGCAGAAACGGCAGCAGUGGGAUCCUCUGCAACAUCUGCCACAAAAUGUACAGCAACAAAGGGACCCUGCGUGUGCACUACAAGACUGUGCACCUGCGAGAGAUGCACAAGUGCAGAAUCCCCGGCUGCAACAUGGUGUUCAGCUCUGUGCGCAGCCGUAACCGACACUCUCAGAACCCCAACCUCCAUAAAAACAUGCCCUUCUCAACAAUAAUAGACUAAAUAAUGACUUUCUACUCGACCCUCCUGUCAGUCUGCCCGCUCCUCCCUACAUUUCUCAUCCUUAUUCCUCCUCAAAUUAGCUUUUACCCCCAGCCCAGGGUCAUCAAAUACAAGCCAAGUGCUUGUAUAUGCCUCCUGCCCAUCCUCUGUAAGUCAUCGCAGGACAUUUGUAUGUCCUUCUAUAAAAAUUCAUUGACUCUUAAUGCAGUUUAUAAUUUUGACCUUUGACUUUACCUUCUUUGGAAGAACAGGAUGACACUCUUGAGUACGGAGUUUGCUUUAUAACAAAACUCCUGACUUGUUUUCAUAACCCCCUGCAUCUUUCCUUUCAGACUUCUCCCCACUUUGUUCUCAUGUCCGUCUCCAAAGAAUCUAUUCAAAUUCUUAUUUGUGACUUUGCCUGCAGAAAUAAUAGUACUGAAAAAAAUAGAGAAAAUCUUCUUGUCGUAUUUGUGUAAUGAUAGCUUUUAAAUGAACCCCUUACAAAAGCAUGACAGCUUCAUUUGUAAAUAAUGUCCCAAUAGGCUUUUGGUGUAAAAGAGUUGUGUUGAUGGUUGUUUGCUUUUUUUUCCCUCAAUCCUUAUGGUUUUAUGUUACAGUCCAGUACAAUACUUCCAGCUAUAGGCAAGAAAGAGGUAGCAUCUUACUAGCUUGAUUCAUUUAUGUUAGCUUCAACAAUAUGUUUUAAAACCGAGUCCUAGGAAAAAAAUGAAUAUCAUGUGACUUGCUUUAUCUACUUGUUAGGUAUUCAGAGGUUGCCGGCAUGCUUUUUUAGGCUCCUACACUGAUAUCAUUCUCUGUAUUUCUAUUGAUUUUUUUUUUGUCUGUUAUGUUUAUGAGCUUUAGUAUACUAAUUCAGUUUUUGCACUUUGCAUCUAUACAAGGGGAUGUGUAAUAUUAUUAUAAUGAGGAGUUUUGCAAUGGUGAAAUUAGGUGUUGUUUGGGGUCAUUGAUGGCUACAGUGCCGAGGGAAUUGACAGUACCUUCAACAUACUUGUGCCAGUUCAGUUUUUGCACGUUCUCAGUUUCAAACAUACUUUCACAACAGGAAACUUCCCCCCCCCGAACAAAGACUGAGAUCUUCCCCUAUCUCUAAAACAACAAACAUUUUUCCAGAAAGUGUCUCCAAAGUGUCUCGCUUCAAAACUAAACCAGGUGUGACUGAAUAUAAACUGCUGUUUCACAAACACAAAGGAGUUAAAUAUUGAUAAAGCCUCUCCGCUUAAGGUUUGAGGAGGCAUUUGUGUAUGGUUACCAGCUAUGACCACGAUUCUUGCAGCUGUUUGGUGAGGUAAUCUGUGUGAAGCAUGACAUUAUUGUGAAAUUGUCAAGGUCAGGAAUGAAAGAGCUCACGUUCCUUCUCACAAAAGGCAUCUCAAUGGAAUAUGACUGUCCCACAGAUUUGAAAAAAGAAAAGAAAAGAUGAAAUAGUCCUUCAACUGUGACCAAAACAAGUGUUUUAUCUUUAGAAAAAGAUGCUUCAGUGUGACAUUGUACUUAAAUCAUGGCCCAUUGGAUUGAUAUGAUGCACUUGAGUCUUAAAUCUUUUGCUGUGAUAUUUUUGGUAUCGGUUUCCAUUGCUGAGUGUUGGCUACAAAAAUGUACUUUAUGAAAAAUGUAGCCAAUUUCCUGGCUGUUGGUUGCAGCCAUUCUUAACAUGUCCAUGACUGUCUUACGGUACAAAUAUUUCCAGUAACUGGGCAAAGUAGCCAAGGGAAGGGGUAUUUAUUGGUGGGUGAUGUAUCUUCACAGAGAUGUUUUUGUCCAGUUUGAAAAUAUUUUUUUUUUUAAAGACAAAAAAAUAGAGAUUGUUCCUCAGUUUGAUUUGUUUAUCAAUGUAUUAGCAAUACCAUGUGUUACUAAACAAUGACACCUUCUCUUACUUGACUGGUGCUACACACAGAGGGAAAAAAAAAUAUGCAGUGUUAUGUGGUGUGCUGUACAGUAUUCACAACAACUUACAUCCAUGACAGUGCUGAGCUCCAUUUGUUUCAUAUUGACGCCAUUUUUUUCCAAUAUAGACAUGACCAAUUCUGGUGAAACAUUUCAUGUCUUUUUUUUUUAAGACUCCACCUAUAUGACAUACACAGUUCUCAGUCCUCUCUUCUCAGAGAUAAAGGGAGCGAGACAGAGCGCCGCGGCUGAUGGAAAGGUUGCAGAGGUGGCAGGCUGACUAGGGAGGAAAGGGUGACAGCAACGAUCAUUAAAAUUGUGCUGCUUCUCCGUUACCUGGAGGCGUCCCUGCCAUUCCAGCUUCUUCUGUCUAAUAUCUCACUUGUCACUUCGCUACACUCCCGGGCGCCGAGUUUGCUGACAUGACAGUGACACAGACAGAGAGAGGAAAAGAAGGAGGACAGAGUGCGCACUCUGAACAAUUCAAUUAGACUCAUUCAAUUUAGCUGAAUUCAUCUAUUCAUUUUCAUACGUGUGCGUAUUCUUAUUCGGGGUCGCUGGUAAUCCAAUUCAAUUCCCUUUCCCUCAUUCUGUUUUUCUCUUUGUCUGUCAGAGCAGAGUCAUUUAACAAACGCCUUACCCAUUUCUUCAACCCGCCACUCACUUCCCACCUCCACACCCCACAGCGCAGGUCCUACAGGGACACACACUAAUAGUGUAUGCUUAAGUUCACCGGACGGCCGUGGCAUAGGAAAAAGGGAUGGGUAAUUGCCUGUUUAUCCCAAGUGGAGGGAAAAAUUGAGUACAGGAACCCCUGCCUUCUCCCAGGAGUGGGUUUCACUGAGGCGCUCGCUGCCUCGUUCACUCAUUCAAUCCCCCCCGGCCCUCGCUCUGGCAGAAAUAAAAAAAGUGCUACUCCAGGAACCCUGCUGACAGCUGUCUCUCUAACACACACCCAUACAAACACGCGCAUGCGCACGGAGAAGAGUGGCACACGUUCACUACAUACUUAACACUUGCUGGCAAGAAGGAUGACAAGAACUAAAUGACUUGUUCACCUCUAGAGAUUGGAAGAGUCAGGGUCAGAGAAGAAUAUACCACAGGAAACAAAACUCGUCACGAGCAUUAACAUGCUGAAAGUCCAUCAGGGAGGAUAGCUAAUAGCUAAUACUUUGAGACAUUUUACCGAAAGGGGAAAGAGAUUGAAUUAAGGAAAUCUAUAACUAGCCAAUGAGCUCACACGAUGAAUUGAACUCGCCAGAAUUGAUAGAGCUGCACAUACCCAACAUAUUAAAAGUUAUUUGAGCAAAAAAUGUGCUGUUCCCAAUAAGCUCAGCUUCCAUACCCUUUUUUUUUUGUUCUUAAAUCUGAAUAGUUUUCGGACUUGUUUUGCUUUGAUGUGAUUUUUCUUUUUACACAUUCCUUCAGUCCUAUUCUUUGCAAUGCAUUUCUCAAGCAGCGACCGCAGCGCAUGACCUCUCUAUCUGUGUACUCGUGUGCGCCAGACAGAGAGCCGAAUAUCACAGAAGAGAUUCCCUCACAACACCCUUCUCCCUCCCCUUACGGGCCUGCUUCUGUGUCCUGCGCGGUGCUGGUCAUGCCCGCAGAGCUCCGAGCUGCGAGACGCUGGAAACAGAGCUGAGAAAACACGCACACAAGCAACUGUCCAGCACAGCCAGGGAGACGGACUGCGAGAGAGCGAGAAGGCAGAGAUGAAGGAGAGGCAUUGGGCGUAGGAAGUGGUCUUUGCUGGAGCCUUGCAGCAGUCACUUAACAAGGCAGGGGAGGAAAAGAGAGGACCACAGGGAGAGAAGCGAGCAGGAGAGCAGCGGGGCCAGGACUCCCCAGGACUCAUCAGCAGCUUCUCCUUGAUUGCCUGCUGGAGAGCGAUCGAGCCGCCCCUCACAUUUCCACCCCACUCCCCUACACUCUAUUCUCCUCUGAGAAAUGACCCACCAAUUUCCGCCACUCCGCCGAGACAGCCCCCCAAUCCAAUCGCUGUCUUUCUUACUUCUCCGGCCACAUGGGCCCAGGUGCCUGAUGCUACCUAGUGACCGAGCUGUGGGACGGCAAGACCAGGUCACUUAGAGCGCCUCAUCGGCCCAGACUACUGAAGUGAAUCUUUAAUAUUUGAUUAGAGGAGCCUCGUCAGGCAUCAAUUAUUCUGUAAUUCUACAUAGCACACAGAGGGAGCGGGAGAUGGAGCAGCUGACCUGUUAAUCACUGUCCGUUUCGUUCACGUCACUGAGUGUGUGUGUGUGUGUGUGUGUGUGAGGAUGAUCUGUCCAGUCAAUGUAGCUCGUGGAACAAAAGUGGGAUUAGAAGGUUUGGUGGGACAUCAUAAGAAAUAUGCAGAUAGGAGAAAAAUACACACAUACAUGGGUUUGUAUAGAUGCUUCAGUCUCACCCGUUAUGCUCUUUAAAAGUAAAUACCCUCAUUAAUUUGAACUGGAACCUGUGAAAUGUCAGUGAUCCUGAAAAAAAAAAAUACUGUAAAUUCAUGAAGUGUUUUCUAUUGUGCCAAUCAUAUUUUACAGUCUUAAAAUAUAAAUAAGCUUGAAUUCACCUGGUGAAUCUAGAUUUUCUUUUUCUUUUUUUUUUCAUUUGCAUUUUUGUGUAUCCAAUGCAUUUGUGUCUGUGUCUCAAAGAGCCCGUGCUGUGGCACUGGCCCUCGACAGCGUUGCAUGGCUACAUAGUCGCACUGCAAAGAACAAACACAGCAGAGGAGCUUGUAUCCCUUUGGUGUCAAAACAGUGAUUUGGAAGCCUCAUGUACUCAUGUAAAAUACUGUACGUUACCUGAACAGGUGUUUCCCAUUUGCAGACGGGAGGAAAAAGAAAUGUCCUCUUUUUAAAAGACUCUUUUCUUUGUUUUUCUUUCCUUUUUGCCUUUCCUGUAUUUGUUUCUGUAUCAUAACUGUCUAUGGUUUUUGCAUAAAAUGCAUAAGGGUUUUGGGAUGUAAAUGGAAUUUUAUUCAUAUUUUGUCCAAAUACCUCUUGUAAUUUGUAUCAGAAUUCUUGUACAAUUUUUAUAUUAAAGAUUUAUCAGUCACUGG